AUGCGUCUGGACUUGGCCGGCCGCGACCUCACCGACUACCUCAUGAAGAUCCUCACCGAGAGGGGCUACUCCUUUGUCACCACCGCCGAGCGGGAAAUCGUGCGCGACAUCAAGGAGAAGCUCUGCUACGUGGCCCUCGACUUUGAGCCCUCCUUCAUCGGCAUGGAGUCCGCCGGCAUCCACGAGACCACCUACAACUCCAUCAUGAAGUGCGACAUCGACAUCCGCAAGGACCUUUACGCCAACAACUACCUUUACGCCAACAACGUGUUGUCCGGCGGCACCACCAUGUACCCCGGCAUCGCCGACCGCAUGCAGAAGGAGAUCACGGCGCUGGCUCCCAGCACCAUGAAGAUCAAAAUCAUCGCCCCCCCGGAGCGGAAGUACUCGGUGUGGAUC